GAUGGAAACUCGACUGCGGGAACUGAUCUCCUAACGUUCGUGUGUGACGGCUUCACAAUUAGCAAUGAGUGACACCACUAGCAUAGGGGAGAGGGCCGGGGGUACGGGACAUGAUCGGGCAUUAGACCCACCCACAGAUACUAUGGGCUCGGAUGACAGUAGCGACACACCUGAUACUUUUAUCAGUGGAUUUUUAACGGAAACGUCCGAUGAUUGUAUGACGGCCUGUGAACCCAUGGAUGAAACGUCUUCCGAAUGUAAAAAGGAUGAACAGGAUGCCCCAAAGAAAAAGAAGAGGUACAGUAAAUCAAGAGCGCGGAACAGAAGCCCGGCUCUUGUGAUGAAACUGAAGAAAAACCGGCGAGUUAAGGCUAACGAUCGUGAAAGGUCGCGGAUGCAUAAUUUGAACUCAGCGCUGGACUCAUUGAGGAAGACUCUUCCUACUUUUCCGGACGAUGCUAAACUGACAAAGAUUGAGACUCUGCGGCUUGCUCAUAACUAUAUAUGGGCUUUAACGGAGACGCUGAAGAUAGUAGAAACCCCGGGGGGUAAGUCUAUUGGGACAGGGGCGGGUCACGUGACUAGCAACAUGAUGCAGCAGUUGACAGAGUGUAAAAGAAUAGCCCAGGUGAAACGUGAACCCCUCUCCCCGUCCCACAGGCACACAGCAUUAUCGCCCCACCCCCUUCACCACCAUCUCGACCCCCUCCAUCGGAUGUCUGACCCCCUCGGGUCAGAUCCCGGGGGGUGGGCGUCCCACGUGCUGUCUGUGAUUCCUUCUAGUCCCCACAAACAUCACACCUCUGAUGUUUACGCAUAUGACUUUUAUCAGGACUACAGUGACAAUGACAGUUCGUUUGUGACGAUGUGAAAUGUGUGCCACUGACAACGUGAAAUGACACUUGAAAUGUGUGAAAUUGACAUCAAAAUGUGAAAUUGACAUUGUGAGUUUCUUGACACCAGUGACAUGUCAUUGUGAAAGCUCGUCGUCCUUCGUUGACACAUUGACAUUGUGUCUAACGGCAGUGUGACAUUAACCGGACAUUAACAGCUGUGCCUAAGUAUAUCAGGAUAUAUCUUUUUGGAUUGAUCCAUUGCCGAUCAAAGACUUUGUGCGAAGGUAUACAUAUUGUUUUUUUGUAAUUUGUAUUGUCACAUUUUAUAUGAAACUUUGUACUUAUUUUGUACUACUUAAUUACCAUGUAUAUUAAGUUAUAUACUUUUAUUCGUUUGAAGAGUUUUAUAUAUACGAGGCGUAUUGCCUUAUGGUGCGAUGCAAUAUGGUCUGCUACUGGUGCUUAAUAAACCAAAU